UGUAUUGCAGAGUCUGUGCCAGAAUUAUGCAUUUGUAAGCAUGUGCUGUGCCGGCUCCUCUGUCACAGCAGACUCUGAUGCCGAGUCCUCAUUCCCUCUCCCAGAGCUGCUGUGUGUGCAGCUUUGCUGAGAAGUGCUGCCAAGGUAGUGGGAGAAGUUGUCAAAGGUUCCCUCAUCAUUGGCUCUGUAACUUUUCAUUUCCUUUUCUCCAUUUCUCCUCACACUGGGCUUGCCAUUCCACAGCACAAGUGUAAAUGGAUGGACUUCAGAGAAGCUAGAAGUACUGACCAGGUUUGAUCCCAGACCCAGGCUAAAACCAGUGAUGUCUGAGACAAAACUGGAUAAUGAGUCCCCUUCUUGUGGGAACUGGUCAUCUGCUCCAGAAUGGAAUGAUACUCGGGAGCCUUUGUCAAUCCCCUCUGCUGACUAUGAUGAUGAGGAAUUUCUGCGAUACCUUUGGAGAGAAUAUUUGCAUCCAAAAGAAUAUGAAUGGGUCCUGAUUGCAGGAUAUAUUGUUGUUUUCAUUGUGGCUCUCAUUGGAAACAUCCUAGUUUGUAUUGCAGUGUGGAAGAACCAUCACAUGCGGACAGUUACCAACUACUUCAUAGUAAACCUCUCCCUGGCUGAUGUUCUUGUCACAAUUACUUGUCUUCCAGCCACGUUAGUAGUGGAUAUUUCAGAAACUUGGUUCUUUGGCAGAACCCUCUGCAAGGUGAUCCCCUAUUUACAGACUGUGUCAGUCUCUGUGUCUGUACUAACACUUAGCUGCAUCGCUUUGGACCGCUGGUAUGCAAUUUGUCACCCUUUGAUGUUUAAAAGCACAGCCAAGAGGGCAAGGAACAGCAUUAUCAUUAUCUGGAUUGUGUCCUGCGUUAUAAUGAUUCCUCAGGCUAUUGUUAUGGAGUGCAGCAGUGUGUUCCCAGGAUUAGCUAACAAAACCAUCCUAUUCACAGUUUGUGAUGAGCAGUGGGGAGCUGAGGUCUACCCCAGAAUGUACCACACGUGUUUUUUUCUGAUAACAUAUGUGGCACCACUGUGUCUUAUGGUAUUGGCCUAUUUACAAAUAUUUCGAAAGCUAUGGUGCCGCCAGAUCCCAGGAACUUCAUCAGUAGUUCAAAGAAAAUGGAAGCCUCUUCCAUCUUUAGCACAGCCCCGGGGCCUGGGACAAUCAGCCAAGGCAAGGAUUAAUGGAGUUUCAGCAGAAAUAAAACAGAUUCGAGCCAGGAGGAAAACAGCACGCAUGCUAAUGGUGGUUCUCUUGGUUUUUGCACUUUGUUAUCUACCAAUUAGUAUCCUCAAUGUCUUAAAAAGGGUUUUUGGGAUGUUUAACUAUGCUGAUGACAGAGAGACUGUGUAUGCCUGGUUUACAUUCUCACACUGGCUUGUGUAUGCCAACAGUGCAGCAAACCCUAUCAUUUAUAACUUUCUCAGUGGAAAAUUUAGAGAAGAAUUUAAAGCAGCAUUUUCUUGUUGUUGGCUUGGCAUUCACCAUCAACAGGAUGAACGACUCACCAGAGGCCGGGCAAGCACUGAAAGUCGGAAAUCCUUAACUACCCAGAUCAGCAAUUUUGAUAAUGUCUCAAAACUUACAGAACAUGUUGUGCUGACUAACAUGAGCACACUCCCAGCAAAUGGGGUCAUGGCCAAACUCAGUCCAUUGAAGUCAGUGGAAUUGCACCUGUGUACACCAGGGAUGAACACAACUUCAAGUUUAGCUGAAGCAGAGAAUGUUUCUGUGGAAGACAGUGGCACAACAGAUAACAAAGAGUGGGCCAAAAACAACCCUGGUGUAACCAAAGUGACCUUAAUGGAGUUACACCAGGGAUGAGUUUUGCUCUGUACAUUUAAAACAACCUAUGAAUGGCAUACCAGUGACAACACAACAGCUGGACAAAGGAAUUCCUUCAAAAUGACUGUUUCUUCAAUUCCCACUCUUAUGGAAACUUACUUACCUCAUCAUGAGAGUACACAUCUUUACAAGACUUUUUUUUAAAAAUAUUUUGCAUCAUGCUUUGUAAAUACUGGAUAUAUUUACUUUUAAUAUAUUCAGAUGUUGUGUAAUGUUCUAAAAUGCCUCAUGUAAAGAAUUGAGUAUUUCAAAGCAAGGAGUCAAUAAUAUUUGUUACAUUCUGAUAUCAUUAAUUACUUUAAUUGCAAAGAACACUUGCUCCUCCUAUGCAUUAGUGGAAUUUUGAAAUUGCCUUUACAGAUGAUACACACAUGCAUGGGGUCUGGACAAUAAAAUGAAGGAUCUGAAAUACUAAUGCAGGAGUUCAAACCUCAUAUAUGGAUUGCAGAAAUAUGUUGGAAUAGCACUUCUGGCUGGCAUUGAAGAGUAUGACUAUUUAGGAGACAAAGGUGAUGGGGUAGCAUUAUACAUCAAUGUAAACGGUAAAGAAAAAACUGUCUGUAUAGGCAAACAUAAUUUGGGUCAUUACCACUUUGGGGAAGAACAGAAGGGGUUCUUUUAGGACAGCUAUAGGGAUUUGCCAUAAAUCCCCAAGCUCAAGACUCAAAUAGAGAUACUAGUAUUUAUCUCUAUCAUAAUAAUAUAUAUUUCAAUUAAGACAAGAAAUAAAAGAGAGGAAACACUACUGGGAAUUGUGUCAUAGUGGGAAAUUUUAUGCUACCUGAUACAAAUUAGAGAAUAAAUGCUUCGUGAUACUGGUGGAGCCUAUUUAUUUCUGAUAGAUGACACUUAGAUAGGGAGGUAAUUCAAAAUAAUUUAGAUAUGGCCCAAAAACUAACUGAAUACUUUGCCUCAGUUUUCAAUAAGGCUGAUAGUAUAGAACAUGGGAAAGAAGGCAAGAUGGCUGUUGGAAAUGAGUGAACAGAAAUAGGGUAUGUCUGCACU